AAGAGAAAGGAGCUGACGUCGGCGCCGUCGUAUAGUGGCGGAGGCGCGAUGAAGCUCGGAGUUUUUGUGUACAGAUUAUACAGAGCAUUAACCUACGGUGUCUCCCCGUUAAUUCACCUACACAUACGGUGGCGCAGACUUCGGGGACUAGAGCAUUGCCGUCGUUGGCCAGAGCGGUUCGGUCAUCCCUCCGCCGUAAGACCGCCGGGUUCACUCGUCUGGUUUCACGCCGUCUCUUUAGGUGAAGGAAUGGCUGCUAUUCCGGUGAUCAGACACUGCAAUGAAACGAAGCCAGAUUUGACUAUCCUAAUGACGACGACGACAGUAUCUGCAAUUGAAGUAAUAAAGAAUCAGCUUCCUGUUGGUGUAUUACAUCAGUUUGCACCACUGGAUACACCGGUGGCUAUCGACAGAUUCCUUGGCCAUUGGAAACCGAAUGCGAUUAUCAUAAUGGAGAAUGAACUCUGGCCUAAUCUUAUCAUGGCUGCUGCAGGACUUCUAAUUCCGUUGGCAAUGUUGAACGCUCGGAUGUCUACUAAAUCCUUUAAACGGUGGUCUAGUCCGCUCUUACUACCGCUGGUAUCGUUGUUGCUCUCUAAAUUCUCAUUGAUAGCCCCACUGAGCACUCUGCAGGGUAUACAUUUCCAGCUGCUGCAUGCGCCACCCUUUGUCAUAAAUUAUUCUGGUGACUUAAAAUACGUGGUAAACAAGUUCCAUGUAUCUAGUGAAACAUCUGAAAGUAUAGAAGAUCUUAAGAAAGAACUCUCAGGAGUGAAAGUCUGGAUUGCAUCUUCACUACAUAGAGGCGAAGAAGAAGUCAUUUUAGGAGUUCACAACAUGCUUCUCGAAUCACAUCCAGACUCUGUUGUCAUAAUUGUGCCUCGACAUCCACAUCAUGGCCAACAGAUUGUUCAUAAACUGCGGAAAGAUGGCCAUAGUGUAGCUCUAAGGUCUCAAAAUGAAAAGCUUACAUCAAGGAAGACGAAUAUAUAUGUGGUGGAUACACUAGGUGAACUAAGAGAAUUGUACAGUGUAGCUCCAGUAGCCGUCAUUGGAGGCUCUUUCAUCCCAGGAUUAACUGGUCACAACUUGUCUGAAGCAGCUGCUGCUGGCUGUGCCGUUAUUACAGGUUGUCAUGUUGGGCAUUUCUCUCACAUGGUGAAGGCGAUGCAGCAGUCGAAUCCCUUAUCGGUGACACAGGUCUCGACAAAACUAGAGCUCAAAGAAGCUGUAGACUUGCUCCUGAGUAACCCUGAGAUCUUGGAAACACAUCAGAGAGCUUCUAAAGAAGUUUACGAAUCUCUAUCAAGCUCCAUUAUAGCUAACAUCUGGAAUCUUCUCAAUCUUCAUAUCUUUAGAGGGAAAUGAUAUGUUAGUGUGGCUAGUUAUUUAUCCAAAUAAAUCCAGUUUCAGUUA